CUUCGGGACUACUCUAUCCACACACGAUGUCUGAGCAAGAUAUAAAUCUCCCGGCUAGAAUUCCAGGUACCUUUCGAUUGGUUGACGUCCAUCAUACACUCAAUGUCAAGCACGCUGGCGCGGGCGACAUCAUCCUNCUGCCAGCUCCAUCACAAGAUCCUGAGGAUCCACUCAACUGGUCUCCGCGUAGGAAACUACUCUUGACUAUAUGUGGGCUAUCAACUUCGGCAGUCUAUGCGGUCGCCGUUCCUCUAUCCAAGGAGACAGGCCUCGAAGUAAAGACUUUGAACGAGGGCACGGGAUACCUGUUUCUUCUUCUCGGUUGGGGUCUACUUNNUUUCUGGCAGCCGUUUGCCCUGAGAUAUGGCAAACGGACCACAUACCUGCUCUCCAUUCUUGGUACCAUGUGUACUGGUCUGUGGGCAUCUGAAGGCGAAUGGCUGGCUAGAUGUAUCAUACAGGGGUUCUUCGGUGCUCCUGUCGAAGGCCUUCCCGAAAUUUCUGUCACAGACAUUCUACAGUACAUUGACUCAUACACUACUAGNUACUUCACACAUCAAAGAGGGCUUUAUAUGUCGAUAUACUCCCUCUCUAUUGCCGGAGCUAGCUACUUUGGCCCCGUGAUCAGCGGGUUUAUCUCGCAAUAUGCUGGUUGGCGAUGGGUGUUCUACAUCCCUGCAAUCCUCCUCGCAUUUGCUUUCGUGUUCGUGUUCUUCUUCAUGGAAGAGACAAACUACGUCCGCGAAUAUACUGGCACCACAACCCCAGAAGACAUCGAAUCCAUCCCCAUGGACGCCCUGCAGGGAAACAGUGGCGACAAGCAAGACACUGUCCAUACAAUCGUUUCCAGAACUUCAGCACGAGUUGGCGUGGUACAAGGUCCCAAGAAAAGCUACAGACAAAAGCUGUCUCUCUGGACACCCACNCCCGGCCCCAACAUCCUCGCCUCGGUACUCCGAAGCUUCCAACUUCUCAGUUGGCCUGUGAUCUUUUAUGCUGGAUUUUCCUACGGCUCGUACCUUGUGUGGUCGCAGAUGCUCAACGGCACCAUUUCGAUCAUCCUUACUGGUGCGCCAUAUCAUUUUAGCACUUCUAUGGUCGGCUUGUGUUAUUUAUCUGGUUGCAUUGGAGUCGUGCUCGGUGGUCUCGCCUUUGGAAAAGUCAGUGACUGGCUUGCGUUGAAGCUUGCUCGGCGCAACAAUGGAAUCAUGGAAGCCGAGCACCGGUUGUGGCCUUUUUGCGCCACGAUGGUGCUGGUUCCUGCCUCCCUGCUUCUUUGGGGAAUACAUUGGUUUGCUUUGAUCGUCGCAUUUGGUCUCGUGGCCUUUGCAGUUGCCUUGAGUGUCUCCAUCUCAGUUAACUAUAUGGUCGACAGCUAUCACGAUAUCAGUGGCGAUGCUAUCACAUCGGUGAUGCUCGUUCGCAAUACCAUGUCCUUUGCGCUUAGCUACNNGGGUAAGUCAAAUAUCUUCAGCAACGACCAUGUGCCAGAGACCCAGACUUACGUGGUUCAUAGUGUCACCCCCUGGAUCAAGAAUCUCGGCACGCAGAAGUGCUUCAUCUCUGCUGCUGCGAUUAGUCUCGUGACUUCUGCUGUCGCAUUCAUCUUUCUCAAGUAUGGAAAGAGAUUCAGGGAACGCAGCGCAGGUUCUUACUACGAUCUUGUGGACAAGAGAGCAGGG